AUGCUAGAGUCUUCACUGUAUUUUUCAGGUACGACUCGUCCAGUGUCUUUGAUGGUCAGUCCAAGCAGAACUCAACACUUUAUUAAUGACUCUCUCUCACUGAGCUGUGAGGGACAGAGUGACUCUACUGGAUGGAGAGUGAGACGAUACACACACAGUGAGAAGGUGUCAGAUUGUUCAUCAGGCUGGGGAUCAGUUACAGGAUCUACAUGCAGCAUCAGCUCCCUCUACACAUCCCACACUGGAGUGUACUGGUGUGAGUCUGAAUCUGGAGAGAGCAGUAAUCCUGUCAACAUCACAGUGCACAAUGGUGCUGUGAUUCUGGACAGUCCUGUUCAUCCUGUGACUGAGGGAGAUCCUCUGACUCUGCACUGUUUAUAUCGUGACCCAAAGCCCUCAAACUUCACAGCUGAGUUCUAUAAAGAUGGAUCACUCCUCCAGACUCCAGAGAUGACCAUCAGUACUGUCUCAAAUUCAGAUGAAGGUCUCCACCACUGUAAACACCCAGAGAGAGGAGAAUCACCACAGAGCUGGAUCUCAGUCAGAAAUUCUGAAUUUAAUAGUGUCAUAAUAGGAGUGGUGGUGGUACUGAGUUUAAUCCUGAUCCUCAUCAUCAUCAUCAUAGUGGGCCUGUUUUGGUGCUACAAGAAGAAGAAAGGAAAUCAGCAGAACACCAGUCAGACAUCAAACCAGAGUCAGAAUCCAAGAUCCACACAGGCUGAUGAUUCUGCUGCUGGCUACAGUGAUGUAACUUAUGCACAAGUUAUGAUAAAGAAAAAGAAAUUCAGAGGAAAAGUGACAACAUCAGAUGAGGUGACAUAUUCCCAGAUUGCAAUGAAAAGCCUGAAACAGGACAGCAAAGAUUCUGGACUUGAAUCUGAUGAUGUGAUUUAUGCCCAAAUUUAUCUGAAAUACAAGAAGAAGCCGAAGAAAACUCAGGAAAACUUGUUUGAGG